UCAUUGUUGGAUCUUCUUAUAUUGUCUCAAGUUUCUUUCUUUCUUUCAAGGAUCUGUUUAACAUGGGCAAUUCAAUGGGUCAUUUCAUGGGAAAAGGGCUGCCAUCUACACAGAUGUUAAGCUAUGUGUUUAAAUCUCUUCAUGAACAGUUCACCGAGUCAGAAAUCAACAGCUUCGAUGAUUUCCAUGCCGCCAUUCUUGAUAUCUUGAAUGUUAUUAGCGCAGCAUUACCUGGUAAACAUUAUGAUGCCCCAUCUCGCCGUGAAGUCGAGAAAUGUUUUAAAGCAUGGGAAAACGAAAAAGACCCUGAGAAAAAGAAGAAGAUAUUUAUGAAAUUUAUCCAGGAAAUAAAACUUAGCCAGCUCGAUAACACAACCAUAAUAACGGGAAUAGUGACGCCGCCAGCAGCCAUGGCGGCGAAGAAAGCAGGAGAAUUUUUGCCUCAUUUGAGCGUGAUAAAGACGAUUCCGGAUGUAGUUUUCGUACCAUCGGUGACAAUGGCGACCUUAGUCAUUUCCAAGCUUUCUAGAAGGCUUUACGGGCGAAGCGCCACCCCUGUGCCAACAAAAUCAACGUCCUUUAAUGUGGAUAAGCCUGAAGUACUUGAGCCUGCCGCCGCCAAGGAAAUCCCACCGUCACACCGCCAUCGCAGAUUCGCCAUGAUCAACUCAAAGAAUCACGCCAUCACCGCCGACCAGACUGCUGCCCCUCCCACCACGACCCCCAUCUCCGAAAUAGAAAACAUUCAACAAAAACAGCCUUAUAUAUAUAAUGCGUUUUUAUGUUUUCUACAAAAUUGUAAUUGCAAUAUCAGUUGCCACAACUAA